AGACUUCCUAGAGACUGUCCAGUCGAUAAAUACCUACAAAGACAAUAAUAUAUAUUAUUUUAUUUUGUUUUUGACAGUUAAAAUGAUAAAAAAUAAGUGGAAGAGUAUUCGUGACGCCUAUACACGCUAUAUGAGACUAAUAAGGAAUACCAGAAGUGGAUCGUCGGCAUGUGCCCCGAAGGAAUAUAUCCAUGCGAAGGAAUUGGAAUUCCUUAGACCUUCAUUGACUUUGGCGAGCACUGAAAACAGCUGGGAGGAAGCAGCUCCAACCGCCCCUGUCGGGAUGGAUAGCUGCAGCAUAAAUUCUGCCGAUCAGGCACUGGCGGGUCUGGAGCCGGAAAGCCAGUUGGCCACUUCGUCACAAUCCACGACGGCAACACCUGUGGGAGAGGAGGAGUCCACACCAAGGCCGUUACCGCGUGUAGCUGCGAGAGGGAUCAGAAGGAAGGCUCCGGAUCCAGACCCCAAUGUGAAACUAAUGUUAGAGAUAAUGGCAGACAUGAAAGAGAGAAUGGGUACUAACCGUUCAUACGGACACAUGUCUGCCAAAUGUCUGGGGGAGCUGAUGGACAGGGUUCCGAAAAGGCUACAAGCUGAUAUGUUGGCAGGUACCAUACGGUACAUUGCCACAUUCAUACCACCAGAGGAACCCUACCAAUCCCCAGAACCACCACCACCCUAUGGUCCCUAUGCUACCCACCCCCCGCAACAUAUGUCAGCACCACCACUUCCUCACUUCACAGCACCACCUUUUCCCAGCCACCUACCUCAACCCACACCACCUUACCCGACUCAGACGACAACACUUUCUACCCACCCUCAUCUACCAACACCACCUUCUGCAUACACUACUCAUACUUCCACAACAGUUCCUGAUUUUACGCACCUGCAGACGCAAACUUCUACCUACCCUCCUCAGACUACCCAAACACUUUCACCUUACACACACCCACAGACGACACCUUCUGCCUACCAUCCUCCGACUUCCCAAACACUUCAUCUGCCGACACAACCUCCUACUUAUUACCCUUCUCGGACGACAUCGACUUAUUCUGAUUACCCACACCUGCCUACACUCCCACCUUACAAUCCCCAACCUACACCAACACCACCACCACCACCACCAGCAACACCACCUUCCCGUUGGCCGCAUGCUAGUACGUCUACUUCCAACUGGUCACGUUUUGGCCAAUCAAUACAUGCUGGCAUGUCAGUGGAUGACACAGGGGAAUCCCCUAAAAGUUUCCAAAAUCUUUAAUUAAUAAACUGUUCUAUGAGCAACGUUUGC